ACCCCCCAGGGCUCCCUCCCUGCCGCCAGAACCAAGUAAUUCCCGGUCCCGGGAUGUUGCGAGCUCCUGCCCGGAAUCCCCGGCGCCCUUCGCGGCGGAGAGGUCGCUGCAAGUCCUGCCAGUCGGCCUCGGCAAGCACCAUGGAAAAGGGGGCCAGCUCCUCAUCCAGCAGCUUGGUGGCCGUGGCCUCAACUUCCACGGCCACCUUCAAGGAGGAGUUGCUGUGUCCCAUCUGCUACGAGCCUUUCCGGGAAGCCGUGACUCUUUGCUGCGGCCACAACUUCUGCAAGGGCUGCGUGAGCCGUUCUUGGCAGCAUGGGCACCAGGUGUGUCCCGUCUGCAAGGAAACCUCCUCCUUCAAAGACCUUCGCAUCAACCACACACUCAACAACCUGGUGGAGAUGGUCCUCAAGGAGGAAGAGCAGCAGCGGGGCCAGGCAGUCGCCCUUUGCCCCCUGCAUCACGAAAAAGUCAGAUUCUUCUGCCUGGAUGAUAAGGAACUGGCAUGCUUAGUCUGCCAGAGCUCCAAGCAGCAUGAAGGGCACAAGAUGCGGACGGUGCAGGAGGCAGCUGUGGAUUUCAAGGCCAAGCUGAAGAACAUGGAGACCUCCUUGCAGGAUAAGGCAAAGGAUUUUGAGAACGCGCAUCGCUCCUACAAGGCCAUUUACAAACACAAUGAGAUGGAAGCUGUACGGGUGGAAGAGCAGAUCAAGAGGGAGUUUGAGAAGCUUCACGAGUUCCUACGGGACGAGGAGAAGGCACUACUGGCCCAGCUGCAGGAGGAAACACAAUGCAAGCACAGCCUCGUUGAGGACAAGAUGAAGCAGCUGAUGGAGGAGAGCCAAGCCCUGCUCAGAGAAGCCCACCAGCUCCAGGUGGACCUCAAAGAGGAUGACUACACCUUCCUCAUGACGCACAAGAACCGUAAGCGCAGGAUUGCCUGCACAACUGAGGAGCCAAAGAACAUGCCCUCAGGGAUUCUCCUCGAUGUUGCCAAGUACGUGGGCUCGCUGCAGUACAAUGUGUGGAAGAAGAUGCUGGACAUCAUCAGAGUAGUCCCCUUCAGCUUUGACCCCAACUCUGCGGCAGCCUGGCUCUCGGUGUCUGAGGAUCUCACCAGUGUCACCCAUGGGUCCUACAAGCCACUGGUGAGGAACCCUGAGCGCUUCAACUCAGCCCCCUGCGUCCUGGGCUCCUGUGGCUUUUCCACCGGCUUCCACACCUGGGAGGUGGACCUGGACGGUAUCACAGACUGGCGGGUGGGGGUGGCCCGGCCGUGUGGUGACACCUAUUGGCCCUUCCAUCACGAUGCUCGCUCUGGCUUUUGGUACAUCUACCGCAUGCUCGCGCAGGACAGCUAUAUGUGCCGAGCAUCCAACGCAGCACGCUCAGAAGUAGCACUAGGUGACCUGAGACGGAUCAGAGUGGAGCUGGACUGUGACGAAGGGGAGCUCUCCUUCUACAAUGCCGACAACAAGACCCACAUCUACACCUUCCAUGAGAAGUUUGGUGGCACUGUCUUCCCCUACUUCUGUGUGGAGGACACACCAAGGGGUGCACUCCGCAUCUGUCCCCUCCGCAUCCGCAUCCAUGAAGAUAUUACCAUCUAGUGACCACCACCACCUCUGCCUACAUUUGGAAUUCUCCAGAUGCUUUUUUACCUCUCCUCAGGGGGAAGAAGAAUGGAAAAAAUAGUUUAUGUAAACACUGCCUCUUUCUUUAUUAUUAAUAAACACUCUGCUGU